UUAAGCUCUCGUUUCAUCGCUUCCGCGUGCGUUACGUGUAGAAGAAGAAGACAGAAAAAAGGAAGAAUUCUCUGAUCACGUAACUUUGAGUUCUCCGGCACCGAGUCGAAUCGCUCCGGCACUCGUCCGAAUCGUCAUCUGCGGGACAGAUUUUUCCCUGAAUCGUCGCCAUUGAUGUGCUCCAUCAUGAGCUUCGACGAUGAGUUGGUUCGAUAAGCUUCGCUGCUCCUCCAAUCUCCGCCGAUUCUCCGCCGGCCUCCUCAUCUUCAUUCUUUAUCAUUUAUUUAGUUGAUCUCUCCGAUUCUUUCCUGGUUUCUUGUUUAUGCGUUCUUUUUUUUUCGCCGUUCCUCUUCUCCGGCGUCUCUUUCGGACGAAUUGCUUGGAUGGAGACGAAGGUUCCUCCUUCUGAUGAUCUCCAUGAUGGUGCAAUUACUUCGCUCAUUCAGGGGCAGAACAAUUUGCUGCAGCCUUCAGUUAUAGUGAUUGGCAGUGGUAUAUCGGGUCUUGCUGCUGCUCGGAAUCUCUUGGAUGCAUCCUUCAAGGUGACUGUUCUUGAAUCACGGGAUAGGAUCGGUGGUCGCAUCCAUACGGAUUAUUCAUUUGGUUGUCCAGUCGAUUUAGGAGCUUCUUGGUUACAUGGAGUCUGUAAUGAGAACCCUCUGGCUCCAAUAAUUCGCCGUCUAGGGCUUACAUUGUAUCGCACUAGCGGCGAUGACUCCGUCUUGUAUGAUCAUGACUUAGAAAGCUAUGCGCUUUAUGACACACAUGGACAAAAAAUCUCGGCACAAUUGGUCGCUGAAGUUGGGGAAUCGUUCAAGAGAAUUCUCGAAGAGACGGAGAAAAUAAGGGAUGAAAACACCAGUGACAUGUCGGUUCGCCAAGCAAUAUCGAUGGUGUUGGAUAGACAUCCAGAGUUAAGGCAAGAAGGAAUCAGACACGAAGUCUUGCAGUGGUACAUAUGUAGGAUGGAAGCAUGGUUUGCCAUUGAUUCAGAUUUGAUAUCACUAAGAUGCUGGGAUCAGGAUGAAUGCCUUUCAGGUGGUCAUGGUCUGAUGGUGCAGGGUUAUGAACCAGUGAUCAAAACACUCGCAAACAACCUCGAUAUCCGUCUGAAUCAUAGGGUUACUAAAGUAUCAAGAACAUCUAACAAGGUGACAGUCACAGUGGAAGGUGGAACCGUUUCUGUGGCUGAUGCUGCAAUUAUCACGGUUCCGGUCGGCGUUCUCAAGGCAAAUUUGAUUGAAUUCGAACCCGAGCUCCCACAAUGGAAGGCAUCUGCAAUAUCCGAUAUCGGUGUUGGAUGCGAGAACAAGAUCGCCUUGCGUUUUGACGCUGUGUUUUGGCCAAACGUCGAGUUCUUGGGAAUGGUCGCCUCUACUCCAAAGGCAUGUGGUUACUUCCUGAACCUCAACAAGGCAAUGGGUCAUCCAGUGCUCGUGUAUAUGGCUGCAGGAACCUUGGCCAAGGAUCUUGAAAUGCUAUCGGACGAGUCUACGGCGAAUUUGGUGAUGUUACAGCUCAAGAAAAUGUUCCCCAAUGCUCCUGAUCCGGUGGAAUAUCGAGUGACGAGGUGGGGAACAGACCCGAACACAUUAGGUUGCUACGCGUACGACGUAGUCGGGAUGCCCGAGGAUCUAUACGAGAGGCUCGGGGAGCCGGUGGGGAACAUAUUCUUUGGAGGAGAAGCCGUGAAUAUUGCACAUCAAGGGUCAGUCCACGGAGCGUUCUUGGCCGGAAUGGAAGCUGCUAAAAGCUGUGAGAGGUAUCUUUUCGAAAGAGGAGUAGUAGACACUUGCGAAAAACACAGACUGGUCUCUCUUCCUACCAGUAGUAACAUCCUCGACACUAGUCCUAGUUUCCCUCUCCAAAUCUCAAGAAUGUGAAACCUCUUUUGCUCUUGCCCUUUUGGCCAUUUAUUGAAGGCAAUGUUAACAUCUGGUACGGACAAUGUACUGAGAUUAUGUCAA